AUGGAAACCCCGUUCACUCGCCUCCCACCAGAGAUCCUGCUCCUCGUCCUCGACCGUUUCCGGCAGUGCGCAUCUAGGCAUGAUCUUGUCAGCUUGGCUUGUACGAGUGAGGCGGUGUAUCUCGAGACUGUGCCGCUGCUCUACGAUGGUGUGGUGCUUAGGGAGGAUCGGAUUGAGAGGGUUCUGCCCUUGGACGGUUGGGGUGGGGAUGGGCGGGGGAAGGUUUGUCCUCGGGGGUCUUUUGACGUGGCUGCGAUACCUCCAGUACCCUCGAAGAAAGGGUGUGUACCAGACAAAGAGCUGCUCCAAGCUUUUCAGAAAGCAAACGCUCAGAACGCUCUACAUAUCUCAACCCGCCACCUCCUCCCACUCCGAUACACCACCUCCCUCAUCAUCUCCGCCCCCUCCUCUCUCCUGCCCCAUCUUCCAACAUCGCCACGAGGCAGAAUGACCUUCCUCCCGUCUAUGGAGUGGCUCAUCUACCCUCCCUCCCUCGGGCUGUCCACACAAAACCUCAGCUGGUCAGAGACGUAUCUCCAAGCCACCAUCUCUCUCCGCCAGCAUGCCCAGCCAAAGCAUCUGUGUUUCACCCAGGGACCGGGGAAAUGGCAUUUCGGGCUAGAACACUUAUAUCAAUCGUUCGACGACCCUUUGGUCGGUGGAGCGGGACAGGAGGGAGAGGAGGGAGGGGUGACGGUGGAGCAUGUAGUAGGGCAUGGGAUCCGGUUGGCGGGGAUGGGUGUUGUGGGGCUGUUUAGGGCGAGGGUCGUUGAGCUCUUCCUAAAGCCUGAGAGAGGGGUAUCAGUAGAGAAGGGUGGGGAGGAAGGGGAGGAGCAUACGGAGGGGAUCGUCAAGUUUGUGGAAGAGAUGUUGUCGGAUAAGAGUGGUCUCCAGCCAUCUUCACGUCCCACAAUCUCCCAAACCAUCCGCUUCCUGCAGUUCCACAACACCCAAACCACGCUAGGCCGUAUCGUCCAAUGGCUCGGAGAGGAUAGAAAGGUGAAGAGGUCGUUUAACGAGUGGGUGGCAGGAGGUGGAGAGUUGAUCGUUUCUGGGACUGGAGGACGAGGUGGGAUAAGGUGUGGUGGGUGUGGGAGGAGCGAGUGA